AUGUCGAGAACGAGGCCUCUACCAAGUACUGUUCAGUUUACUCAAUUUCUCUCGCGUGUGGUCAAUCUGAAAGAGUAUUCUGCUGCUAUUAACCUUUUCAAAGACAUCUGCAGUUUAGGGGUUUCAGUCGAUGAAUACACUAUGAGUGUUGCUAUCAACAGCUUUUGCCUUGCGGGCCGGGUCGAUUACGGGUUCUCCAUUCUGGGUUGGUUCUUCAAGCGGGGCUGUUCUGCGAAUCACUAUACCUUCAGCACCUUACUGAAAGGCUUGUUUAGAGAGAAGAGGAUAAACGAAGCACAACAGUUGAUAAGGAAGAUGGUUGGAGAAGGGCUUUGUGAGAUAAACAUUGUAACUUGUGGUAUUGUGGUCGACGGGCUUUGCAAGGUUGGUAACACCUCAAUGGCCGUUGAAUUCCUCAGAACAUUGGAAAAAGGGACACUCAAGCCCAAUGCACAUAUAUAUAACAUUGUUAUUGACGGCUUGUGUAAGGAUAGAAUGAUAGACUCAGCCUUGGCACUUUUCAAUGAAAUGCCCGAGAAGGGAAUCCCGCCAAACGUCGUUACUUACAAUUCUUUGAUAGGUGGUUUGUGUAAGGAUAGAAUGAUAGACUCAGCCUUGGCACUUCUCAACGAAAUGCCCGAGAAGGGAAUCCCACCAGAUGUCGUUACUUACAAUUCUUUGAUAGGUGAAAUGGAGAUGGAUCAUGUAUUCAUGUGUCAUAAUAACCUUCAAAAGGCUCCGAAGAAGGUCAAAUAUCAAGAUUUCAUUGUCAUGGCACUACUUCAUUCCUUGAAUGGUCUGCUGUAUUCAUAG